AGCACACACAACGCAACAACAGAAAACGUCGGGGAGCCGAACCAUCUAGAACUCUGCUGGUUCAGCGACUCUGUCCUUAUCUCACACCACCAGGCACCAGGGUUUAAGAUAUCUCCGCCACUUCUUCCAACCCCAGCAUUUCUUCACUCUCUCUGCAGCUCCUCUAAUAUACCCCUUUACCUUUGUUAGAGCUCUGCCAUGGCUUCUACUUUCGUCACACUACCAACCCCUUUGCUGUACAAACCCAACACUGCUUCUCUGUCCAACAGCCAGAAGCUACUCCCAGGUCUGCGGAGGAACUCUUUGAGAGUCGACGCAAUUGCCACGAAAUGGGAACCCACCAAGGUGGUUCCGCAAGCUGACAGAGUGCUUAUUCGUCUCGAGGAGCUCCCUCAGAAAUCAGCUGGAGGAGUUUUGCUGCCCAAGUCAGCUGUUAAAUUUGAACGCUAUCUUAUGGGAGAAAUUCUUUCUGUUGGUGCUGACGUUGGGGAAGUGAAGGCUGGAAAGAAGGUUCUUUUUUCGGACAUAAAUGCAUAUGAGGUGGAUUUGGGAGUAGAUGGGAGGCAUUGCUUCUGCAAAGAGAGUGAAUUAUUGGCCGUAGUCGAAUAAAGUUUCAGCUCCGAGUAGUCGCUCCAAUGACUGAAAAUUGACAGGAGUGUGCUGAAGGUAAAAAGAGGUGUGUGGAUGGCACCAUCUGUAUUUAACCUCCUUUGUGAAAUGCAAGCUAUGAUAAUCCGAAAAUAAUGAUGCAAAAUUGGACGUAGAGGGCAUCUCGUAAAGAUGGAGGCCGUUUCGUAAGGAUGGCGGGGAAGGAACGAUUUGUGUACAUUGGUUAUUGUUUGUUUAUAAAAGUAAACUCCUGAUUUUUCUCUUGAAUUUUCAUCUAACAUUUAAUUUAUCCCCUAAACUUUUAAAUUGGAAAAUCAAGGACUUAAACUAAUUUUUAUUUAUAUUUUUGCUGA